GCCAAGAUUAAAAGGAACUGGAUUAGCUACUGGGAAAACCACAGACAGCUGAUCUAAGUUGACAGCUGUUAGGUGAAGACUUGUGUGGGAGGGGUUCCUGCUCUCCCUUGGGAGGCAGCAACAGUUUAGAAAUCAGCUGCUGCUCUCCACCCCAGAAGAGCUGUCAAUCAAUGUUUAGCAUACUCCCCAGUUCCAGAAAGUUCAGUUAUUCUGUUACCCCCAUUGGCUCCUGUUAGAAUACCACUCCUCCUCUGUACCCCGAUUAGUUCUCUGUAUGUCACCCCACUCUGUCUCCCCCCUUUACCCGUUGCCCGUUGGCUGUUCUGUACCCUAACCACUCCUACUCCUUUGCCCUUAAUACCCAGCCCCGCCUUUCCUCGGGGCCUUCCGAAGUUCGCUCCCUUCUGGAGAGUUCCUGCGACGCUCCUGAAAUAAAGCCUCUAGGAAUAAAGCCACUUCGGAGCCCUCUCGUCCUUACGGUGGAGCUAUCCGGGUCCCGCCACAUCCUCCCCGCGGACCAGUCCUCUGAGGGUUUCCCCCCAGACAGGCUGGGCACCCGGGUGAAGCCCGGAGGACUUGUAUUUUAAUACAAGUGGCGUCCCAAACACGGCGACCACUGCCCUGGUCACCGAGGAGCGUCUCCCGUGAGCGUCCGGAUCCGGGACCCCGCGCUCCGGGACUUCAAGCGCCGUUCGCCGCCGCUUCCAGGGGCAGCUGUACUUUGAUUGUUAGAAGGCUUUUGCCUCCUGGCGCUGCUGACAACUCGUGGAUAUCCGACCCUGCAGCUUCGGGGGAAGCGCCGGAUUUCACGAGACCAGCAGCACUCCACCGCCCCGCCACAGCUUUCUUCUUUUCGCCGCGUCCCGGUGCUGAUUACCGACCACCCAGAUGGCAAUUACAUCAGCCAGAACACCCCGCAGCGACCGGCUUCCUGCAGCUGCCUUCGUCACCAUCUUAUGGCUCCACCUGGCAGGAAGCUGGCUCGUGCCACAGCCCAAGGAAAACGUCUGGGUCACGCUGGCAAAGUCUAUAGGACAAAAACAGCUUUGCAUGGCCAUGGGCAGUGUAGACAGUCCGUUGUCUACAUGCCUGGUGGGAGUCCCCCUGUCCGAAAAUGAUUUUCCGUUCACGGGGAUGAAACUCAACGCGGCGGACUCCUGGAUGAGUUGGAUGAGGACACUACCACAGGCACCACAGGAACCCCAGGAAUUGGACCUACCGGGGUCCACAAGGGUCCACUUUUGCAUUAGGUUUUAUACUAAGGCCCCACAAACAAAACCAGGGCAAAACAUCAAAGACAUAACACCAGCAAAUAGAAAAUACAUCAAUGAGUGGUGCAAUUACACAGGCCCUGUGUUGUCCAAGUCCUACCCAUUCCCUAAGGAGCUCCCUCGAGGUGUGUUUCUCAUCUGUGGGGACAGGGCGUGGGCUGGGAUCCCCUCCAAUACCAAAGGGGGUCCCUGUAGCCUUGGCAAGCUUACGACGCUAACCCCCAACAAAACCCAAAUUCUGGAUUGGAAGAAGAAAAGUCAAUUGGCACGCAAAAAGCGAUCGUAUGGUGAAUUUGACCCAAAUUGCGAUUCCGAAAUUUAUGAUUGGAGUGAGGGAAAGAGGGUUGCCGCUUCUAUUUUUCUACCACGGUACGCGGCAGUGAAAGUCCUCGGUGAGAUUUCUCACCUGGGGUGUUGGAUGAGUAAGCAGGCCAACGCUACGUCUGCCGCAUUAUCAGACCUCUUGGCAGAAGAAGAGACCACCAGGCACGCCACCUUACAGAACAGAGCGGCCAUCGAUUUUCUGCUGCUCGCCCACGGCCAUAGCUGCGAGGACUUUGAAGGAAUGUGCUGCUUCAAUCUGACAUCGAAGAGCACAUCCAUCCAAGCCAACAUCCAGCGGAUCCAGGCGUUAGUCAAAGACUUAAAGACUGAAACCAGGGCUGUGGAUGCGGUGAACAAGACCUUCUCCCAGUGGGGUGUUCCUGGGUGGGCCGUGCCAAUCAUUAAAGGUUUAAUUUGGGUUUUGAUUAUUAUUUUCUUAAUUUCUGUAGCCUUAACUAUCUUUAAGAAAAUGUUAACGAGGAACUUGGGGAAUGUUUUUUUAAUAAAUCAGAAAGGGGGAGUUGUGGGAGGGGUUCCUGCUCUCCCUUGGGAGGCAGCAACAGUUUAGAAAUCAGCUGCUGCUCUCCACCCCAGAAGAGCUGUCAAUCAAUGUUUAGCAUACUCCCCAGUUCCAGAAAGUUCAGUUAUUCUGUUACCCCCAUUGGCUCCUGUUAGAAUACCACUCCUCCUCUGUACCCCGAUUAGUUCUCUGUAUGUCACCCCACUCUGUCUCCCCCCUUUACCUGUUGCCCGUUGGCUGUUCUGUACCCUAACCACUCCUACUCCUUUGCCCUUAAUACCCAGCCCCGCCUUUCCUCGGGGCCUUCCGAAGUUCGCUCCCUUCUGGAGAGUUCCUGCGACGCUCCUGAAAUAAAGCCUCUAGGAAUAAAGCCA